GUUUGAGUUGAGUUGAGUUGUGUUGUGUUGUGUUGUGUUGUAAACCAAAACCGAAAGAAUCUCCACUCCCUCCGAUUGUUGUGUUGAGUUGAGACAAAAUAAUCUCCCAAUAAUAUGCGAACCUUACCUUUGGGAACCUCUUCUCUAACCGUUAACAAUCUCAAUUUUAAGAGACAAUCUUCACACUCUUACUUUUCUUCUUCAUCUUCCAGGGCUUCUCUUUCUCAUCAGACCUCUUCUUCUCCUUCCAAAUUAGGAGUAUGCAGAGCGAGUCAAGUGGUUGAACUAUUUCCAACAGUGUCUCCUGAGAUUGUUGUUAGGGAGGCAAGGUUAGAGGAUUGUUGGGAAGUGGCUGAGACUCACUGCAGCUGCUUUUUCCCUGAAUAUUCAUUUCCUUUAGAUUUGCUGCUGCGCGUUGACAGGAUGUUUGCUAUGCUUUCUGGAUUCACUGUGCAGCAUGGUUAUAGGAGAAUUUGUUUGGUGGCUGUUGUCAGUAGCUCGGUUGAUGAAACCUUCUUUUUGGGAAGUGAAGAUUUCAAAAUUGGAGGUCUUGAUGGAAUAUUCAGUCUGAAUAGAGGUUAUGUUGCCGGGAUAUUGACAGUGGAUACCGUGGCUGAUUUUCUUCCAAGGAAAGGGCCUCUUCGGCAGAGAAGGACUGGAAUUGCAUACAUAUCCAACGUUGCAGUUCGGGAGAAAUUUCGGAGGAAAGGAAUAGCGAAAAGGCUGAUUGCAAAGGCAGAGGCAAAAGCCAGGAGCUGGGGCUGCCGUGCAAUAGCACUGCACUGUGAUUUGAACAACGCCGGAGCGACAAAGCUAUACAAAGGGCAGGGUUUCAAAAGUGUCAAGGUUCCUGAAGGAGCAAACUGGCCUCAGCCCAGGACCUCUCCAGAUGUCAAGUUCAGCUUCAUGAUGAAGCUUCUAAACAGCCGUACCACUGCUUAGCUUCUUAGGAACACGAAAGCCAUUAUUUAGGAGAAAAAGAAAUGGAAAUGUAGGAAUUUAAGCUAGUUUGUUGUAUAUAUUUUUAUAAAUUCAAUGGUAUUAGCUGCAAAUAUUUUGACAACUGCACUUGCAGAUUUAUCCUGUGCCAUCCCUUGUAUGUUCUUAUAAUAGGUGACACUUGUAAAGCUCUUGGAACUUGAUUUUGGAUAAUUAAUUUACUAAUUUAUU